AUGGGUUCAACAUUGAAUAUUUUAGUUAUUUUAGGAUGUAUAUUAGUGCCUUUUAGUUUUAGUAAUUUUUUAGAAUGGGGUCCGGAUUUGGAGGGACCAUGGUGUGCCACCAGACCUAUAGAACAAUGCUGUCCUGGAAGAGAUGAUGAAUGUACGGUUCCAAUAUUAGGUACUAAAUGUUACUGUGAUAUAUUUUGCAAUGAAACUGCUGAAGAUUGUUGUCCAGAUUUUUGGAAUCUGUGUUUAGGGGUGACUAGACCGACGCCUUGGCCACUUACAACUACCACCAGCAGAGUUCCAAUCAAUAUAUUAUGUAAUGUCUACUGGUUCAAAUGCACGAAGUUGCACUUUUCCUCACAUUGGGAGUGUUCUAAUGAUGAUUGUUUACUUGAAGCAGAUCAUAUAACACAGAUAAAUAAUGGUCCAUAUAGUUGGGUUGCCAGUAAUUAUUCCGAUUUCUGGGGUUUAACUCUUGAAGAUGGUGUAAAAUAUCGCUUGGGAACGUUUCCACUCGGUAGCAAUGUGGUUCAGAUGACCCCAUUACGUGUGAAACUGACCGAUGUGCUUCCAGAAUCAUUCGAUGCCAGAACUAAAUGGCCCAGUUACAUCAAACCUAUUAGAGAUCAGGGAAAUUGUGGUGCAUCUUGGGCCUUCUCAACCACAGCUGUAGCAUCAGACAGAUUAGCAAUAGAAUCAUUGGGUGAAAUAAAAGACGAACUAUCAGCACAACACAUGUUAUCAUGUAAUGUUCGAAAACAGAAAGGUUGUGAAGGUGGGAAUUUAGAUAGAGCUUGGUGGUUUCUUAGAAAAACUGGUGUGGUUACAGAAGAAUGUUAUCCUUAUGAAAGUGGUGAUACUACUGACAAAGGUGAUUGUUUGGUAUCCAGAAGAAAAAGUAAUACAACCUGCCCUAGUAGAAUACUGUAUAAAGAAAAACGACGAUAUAAAGCAACACCACCGUACCGUAUAGCACCAAAGGAAAGAGAAAUAAUGAAAGAGAUUAUGGAUAAUGGACCUGUACAAGCAACUUUCAUGGUAAAAUCAGAUUUCUUUAUGUAUAAAAAUGGUGUGUACAGAUAUUCUAAUAUAAGUUUCGAUGAAGAGCCCGCAGUUUACCAUUCUGUUAGAAUCAUUGGAUGGGGUGUCGAGAGAACAAUAUAUGGUGACAUUCUCAAAUACUGGAUUUGUGCCAAUUCAUGGGGAACGCAAUGGGGAGAAAAUGGCUACUUUAGGAUUAUCAGAGGAAGAGAUGAAUGUGAAAUCGAAUCCUACAUAGUUGGUGUUUGGGGUCAGAUAUCUGGCGAUGCCUCACUAAGAACACUUCUUACCAGGGGCAGACGCCGUCGUCUCUUUGCAGAAAGAUCUUUGAGAAAUUUAAGAGUAAACUCUAUGGCUAAAGGACGUAAAUCAAGGUCUCGGCAAGUCGGCCGUAAGAAAGUCAAAAGAGGAAGGAAAAGUAGGGAGGAGCGAAGGAGAUUGAGGCAAGAGCAUAGAAAUAAAAGGAAACUUAGACGACAAUCCAGAAAACAGGACAGCGAUAGCCAAAACACAGUUUAG